UUUCUAAUUUCCCUCGUCGCAGUCGUUUCGCUAGUCAUCGAGAAUCAACAUCACGCGUUACAUCUUGCAUGUCUUAUCACGUUGGCGAAGAUUCCUCAGACAGCAGAGUUAAACUAGUCACGAAAUAUAUCAUGAACGAGGAAAAUAAGUACACAAUGAAAAGUGGCAAAUCGUCCGAAUUCAAGAAUAGCGGAAAGAAGAAAGGCCUGUCACUAAGAAAUAUCGAAAAUCAUGUAGUUUGCAAUACAACAAUGAUGAAACAAUACUCUUCCAACAGAGGAAGGUUUCAGAUUUAUUCCGAAGACAGCAAUGAAAGUGGUCGAUCACGAUCUCGUGUAAGAAAAGACGUACCCAAAAAAGAGAUAAGAGCAAAGCGAGAUAACGAAGUACUCAAAAAAACAACCGAAUCAACAAUUAAGAAACUUAAUUCUGAUUUAUAUAUUUCACGCAGAGCACGUUCUUCAAGCAACUGUCGACAGAAUGCUCUUUUAGAUAAAAUUAGCGUGAACAGCAAAUUAUUUAACAAUCGAAGAUGUUAUUCCGAAAGCAGAGGAAUUCCGUUGCAAUGUGCACAAAGCAGUGUUGUUCAAUUACCCAAUAUUCAAAAAAUUAAACAUCUUACUGACGAUGUUAAAAGACGAACUUCUUCUAGUAUACAAACGUGGAAAGAGAAAAUGAGGAAACCAUACACUGGUACCGUGCCCAAAAAUAGGACGGGCAAUACAAAUUUAAAUAACAAAACUUUUUCAUUGGUUGGUAUCAAUAAAAUUAAUUCCAGAACUAACUUGCAAAAGAAUUCUGUUACUGGAUCGAUGAAUUUGCAACCUGAGCUAUUACAAAAUGCGAAUGAAGGUAGUGAACAAGCUCAAAAUAUCGACUCCUUGAAGAAUGCACUUCAGCAGAUAUCAAAUGAAAUUGAGAUAUAUUUGCGAAAUAAUAAGUUAUCUUCGACAAUACAAAAUGAUACUAACAAGAGAAACUUUAUUUCUGAGAACGCUGACAAUAAUAAUCUAUUAGAUGCUACACUACUUUUUAACUCUAAUAGCGUAACACCUUUAGAUGGCUCUAUCUCUCUGCCAUUAACUCCAACAAAGGUGCAUUACGAAAAAUGUAUAAUGACACGGAAAUUAGCAAUUAAGAAGGAAAACGAGUAUGAUGUUAUUUGCGAAACACCAUACGAACGUGAUUACUUGGAGGAUAUACCAGAGACGGAACAUAAGAGGGAUAUCAACGCUCCGAGGCUUUCCCCUCAUUUUCUACGUGAAAAUGUAAACGCAGAACAGAGGAGAAUCGUCGUAGGAUAUAUUAUUCGUCUUGGCAUACACUGCUUCUAUUCGUCGCAUGUCAUUUAUCAGACUGUCAAACUAUUUAAUGUAGCUAUUGAUCGAAUUCAUGUGAGAAUUGAUGAUAUACAAUUAAUAGCUCUAGCGUGUCUUUGGAUAAUUCUCAAGCAAGAUGCACCUAGUGAUAAAAUACCAUCGGCAACUGUAAUUCUGGAAUUGGCGAAAGAUUUAUACAGCAAUCAAGAGAAAGAUUUGUUAAAAUAUGAGAAGAAGAUUCUCUGCGCUGUUAAAUUCAACACACGAUUCGCUGAUCCAUUCUCGUUGCUUUCUUAUUAUAUAUUAAAUGUAAAUCAAGACAGUCGAUGUAAUAUUAUUAAGCCAAAUGAUAUCGCGUGUGUCUACUUUUGCGGUAGUUAUAUGAUUGAUUCAUCUAUGCUGGAUGAAAACUUAUGUGAAACUCCGGUGUAUAUAAUAGCAAUAACUGCAAUAGAUUUGUCGCUUCGUGUUGUAUAUUUGAAUGAAGUUAACGUGAAUCCAGAAUGGUAUCAAGUUUGGAGAAAUAAACAAUCACUCAUAGAAUGGGAAGAAAGAAUGAUGAAUUCUACAAAGCAGAUUAUGAUACAACGAGCUGUAGAAUAUAAGGACUUUGGUGCAAAUGUUAUAUACAAGAAAUACAUGCGUAGCAAACACGGUAAAGUUACGAAUUUUCUUCAUAAUAAAUUGAAGAAUAUCUUGUGAUGAAAAAUUAGAUAGUGUCUAGUUAAAGAUAUCACUUGUCCCACGAUGGACGUUGGAUCUCUACUCGAGAAAAGUAGGAACAUUAGAUCAUUAAAUCUCUAGCUGUCACAUCAUCAUCGAAAAAGCAUUUGCAAAGCUCGUUAUACAUGAUUGUGAUCAAGAGUGUGCCAAAGAGGAACACUCAUUGGAUAAUUGUUAAAUGCUCUUUA